ACACUCUUUAUACAACACCUUGGUUGCUGUCUUGCGGGCCCUGAGGAAUACCAAGAAAUGCGGCAGGACCUUGGGGUCGGCGGCUCGCGAUGAUGCCUCGUUGCUUGUGCUACAGGGCAGUUUGGAACAAUUGGUGAGGUAUUUAGCCUUUCGAUCUACACUGAUCUCGCUGCAAGCUUUCUAGAUUACCAAUUUAUGCACGUCAAAUAUAGCCACUCGAGUGGCGAAGCACUCCUGUGCUGUGUCGCGCGUCGUUUGGUGCGAAAUCGCCCCCAUCUGAAACGAUGUCAGCAUCGCUUAUCCCGCAUUUUCGCCCCCCAGCCGCGCGGACGUCGUGAUCUAUAUCAACGGCCAGGCAUCCAGUUCAUGCUUUCCUUUCACAAGUACGGAGUGUGGCCGAAGCGUCACUACUCAUAAUUCAAGAUUCGACACCAUGGCGGAUCCAGAGCGCUUCAGGAUUCCGGCGAGACCUACCAAUACGCAACCUCUGACCCCCGAACGUUCCGGUAGGUCUCGGUCGCCACUACCGAGACAUGUGGUGCUACAGUCAACACAGAACGAUACUUCGCCGUGGGAUCAACCUUCUACCAGAUCUCUAGAGGCCGAUGGUCUCGCUGCCAGUCAACACCCCAGGAGGAGUUCUUCGGCCUCCGCGGGCAGCGAUCCCUCAGAGACCGUAAAGUCACUCAGCGUGGAUGGCAGUCAAAUUAACCUUUCUGGUUUGAAGUCCACCGGAAACGUGUUCAAACAACUGUUCAAGAAUGUACCGAGCAAACUUAUUGGCGUCGGGGAGGACAUCUCCGAGAUGGCCAUAGAAGUCAAAGGCGACACCAUGGAUCUCUCAAAGACUGCUCUUCGUGAGAUCGGGCAAGGAUCCAAGAAGCUCUGCAGCGAGUGUGCCAAGAUGCGGUUCGAUGAGUGCAUACCAGGCGGCGCACGACCGAGUGUCUCGACAUACGAAUACCUUCGACCGCUAGAACGCAUCAUUCUGCAGCGAGACAUGUGCUUGUUUUGCAACGUUCUCUAUCAAGCUAUGUGCAGGGAAGAGAAUGACCCACUCAAAAGCAAGCAUAUUCAAGACCACAUCCAGAAUCGACUAAAAGGGAAAUCGUUCAAAGAAUGGACUGAGGAUGCUCAUCUGUGGAAGAGGAUAUUCAAGAGCGGCUCUGUGUGGCCAUUUGGGCAUAGUCGGGACGACACCGAUGAUGGCGAAGAUAUACAGCAGGCCAUCGAACCUAGUUCUGGAAAGGAUCGGACGAGAAUAGCGAGCAACAUGCCCAAGAACCUUCGCACUCCGGAUAUCGCGCCUGAAGCCGUGCUCGUAGGAGGGAUGGCUGGUUUGAAGGGUGUAAAGAUGGUCGGUAACUUCUCCAAACGGGACCGUAAUAUUAUCGAAGUAGCGGACGCCACGAUUGUUGCGGCGCUGCUCUCCACCGCAAAACGGACAAAACCGCUACCAUGCUGGGUACUCGUCAAGCUCCAUACGGAAUCGAGCAACAAGUCCGGUCUACUCGUUGUUCAUGUCGCCGCUCGUAAUCGGGAACCGCGCUCAUCACUCAAGGAAAUCAGCAGGUUCCACCUGCGUGUGGCAUCUACCCCGAAGUACCCUACCAAGGGUCAGCCCCUCCGCUACGGUAAGAUCCUGUCCCACCACAUCGAUGUCCGGAUGUCUAGCCUAUGGCUAGACGUUUGCAAGGACCACCACCCCCGAUGCCAAACCCGGGUCAAUGCGCCUGUAAACCACUUUCGUGUCAUCAACCUCGAGCAUUAUUGUCUAGAAGACAUUACCGGCGGAUCCUCCGUCGAAUACGCAGCUCUAAGUUAUGUCUGGGGGCGAUUUGAAUACCCAGUGACUACCCAACGAACAGCAAAGAAAUAUUAUUCGACUGGAGGUCUGCGGCCGGAGAAUGUUACAUUACCCCGGUCAAUUCAAGAUGCGAUGGUAGUUGCAAGGCAAGCCGGAUUGAGAUAUUUAUGGGUCGACGCUUUGUGCAUUCUGCAAGACUCUCCAGCCGACUUGGAUAUACAACUCGGGCACAUGGACAAGAUAUACAAGAAUGCUACCCUCACCGUCGUAGCAGCGGAUGGCGAAAACGCGAAUUCGGAGUUCAAAGGUGUUUUAACGCCCCGAAAAGCCGAUCAAUUCGUCGCCGAGGAGGUGCGGCCGAACGUGCAGAUUCUUAUGCCUCUACGCGGAAGCACGAAUCUCGAGCCCUGGCAGACACGGGCAUGGACGCUUCAGGAGAAAAUGCUCUCGAACCGCCUUCUCGUUUUCAGCGGCGGAUACAUGAUGUGGCAUUGCCGCGAGUCUGUCCACUAUGAAGAUAUGACGGCUUCGGAUGCGAAGACAGUCCCUGGGAGUGAUCGCACAGUGCCACUACUUUCGGCUGGCUUACGCGAGGAUGACCUACCUGCGUCAGCGCCGCUCUCUUAUUCGACGCUAAAUGGAAAUGUCUCGGUUACUCGUUCACCGGCUUUCGAGAAGUACGCUUCGCUGGUUGCCGACUAUACCCAUAGACGGAUGUCGUACUCGUCAGACGUUUUGCGCGCCUUGUCCGGAAUACUCCCUACACUUAGCAAAACGUUCGCGCGGCGAUCGAAGGAAGACCACGAAGUUUUCCGCUAUGGACUGCCGGAGACCCUCAUAGAUGUUGCCCUCCUAUGGCAACCAGUAGGCCCGCUUAAACGACGCAGACACUGCACCAAGCCAACCUGCACUGAACCCUACAUGCCAUCGUGGAGCUGGGCAGGCUGGGAAGGAGAUGUGGAAUACGAUCCCACUUACAAGGUUCGCACUGACGUCUCCGGCGCAUUAGUGCAACUAAUUGAGCCAAACGGACUGGAGCGGAUACGUCCCUUAGUUCGGUUCUAUACCAAAGGUACGCAGAAGCUAUCAGAAUGGGCGGAAUCUGGAUGUCCGGGUUCGAUCCCAAAGAGUCCUGGUAUGCCACCUCCGUCACCAAAACGACCUGCUCCUCCUCCAAAGAAGCCUAGUCUUAGUAUUUCUGGCCCCCUUACUCCUCCGAUAAUGAGCAACGCCGCGAGUAGACCGAGGACCCCUCCUGCGCCGAAAUCGCCUCUCCUACAACCAGACGUUGUCCCAAUCGGCAUCCUCAACACCUUCGACUCGCACAAUUCACACAACUUAUGGGCGAACACGGAUCCCCCGGCAUGGCUACCUCACGGUACUCUACCCUGGACAUGGGAAGCCGCAUCUCCAACUGCAUUUUCUCGCAAGCUCACUGGGAAGGACGUCACCGCCGGUAAACAAUACCUCAUCUUCCAGACCCAGAUCGCCCAGUUCCGGCUUGGAUCGACCUUCUCCCUAGCUGUCACGGAAAAGGUCCUCGAGGCUGACGACGUUGAUAAUUUCACGGCCGCUUCCGCCUCACCUCCCACUCUGCGCAGACUCCGUCCCGUGCAGUCUAACCCUUCGAAUUCAGAUCUUGGCUGGACGCUCAAAUCACACAGCUCGUACAGGCAGAUUAUUGACCAGCAAAACCAAGAGAUUGGACGCGUGCGAGUACACGAUUCCGCAGCCUCUAGCGGAAAAGGCGCUUUUGAUUUCAUAGUCCUUUCAGAAGCUCAGUUUUUCGGCGACGAGCAGAGCUUGGAUGAGGCCAUGGGCUUUUCGCUGUAUAAUGUCAUGCUUGUGAGUAAGCCGCAGGGAAGUAGGGGUGUGAGAUAUCGGAUGGGAGUGGGCAAGCUGUGGAAGCAUGCUUGGAGGCUGGUAGGGGCGCGUGAAGAGGUUGUUGUGCUUGGGUAGGGUAGAUUGAGCAAAUGGGAUUGGAGGAGAAUUAGCACUAUGCUUUUGAUGCCAUUUUUUGCAUACCCCAUUGGUAG